AUGGUCUUGAAUCUCGCCUACCUCUUCAACGCCGCUAUCUUGAUUCCAUACAUCUGUAACACGAUCACUUCCGAAGCACCAAAGGGAUUAGCCUUGAUCGGCCUCGGCAAUCGAGGAUUGGGCAAAGCCCUUCAGUAUCUGGAAGCAGAGACUUCUUUCCAACUCGUCGCUGCUUGUGAUCCAAAUCAAGCAGCAAUCACGCCAUUCAAAGAUCUGAACCCAGAUGUGCCAUGCUUCCAAGAUGUUAACACAAUGCUAGAGAACCAAAACAGUCGAGCGGGUCCACCACGCGUGGAAUACGCUUAUGUGGCAGUACCACACUCGGAAUACCGCAGCAUCUUACCACCGCUAUUAUGUCAUCAGAUCCACGUCCUGAAAGAGAAGCCCGCCGGUCUCAACAUUACAGAACUGAGAUGUUUCCAGGACCUUGCAUCUGCAAAUAACGUCCGUCUUGUCACGUUGACAGAAGAAGAGAAGAUGUCUGAUUCAAACUCGCUGGGACGUUGUGGGUACACAUACCACCUGGCCGAUGGCACAGACACCUUGAAGUCUUCAGCAGACAUGCAUCAUGAUUCUCAGCUGGCUGCAAGUCAAGCUUGA